AGACGUUUAAGUUGUCGACUAAUAUUUUAUUUAUUGUUAAUUUAUUUAUUUAUACACAAAAUUAGUUUUAAAAAAACAGACAAACAAUGUCAAGACUGUUGCUUUUCGUGAUGAUAAUUUCGUGUGUGGUUGCUAUAGCAACGAGUGAAAAAAUUGGAGAAAACAAUGAAGUGGUCAACGUUUCAUUGAAUGCAGACAACGAUUAUAGAAUCAGCUACAGAGACAUAAGCGAAGAAAUGAAUCCAUUCAAAGUGGAGGUAUGGAGCGAAGAUGCCACAAGCCGAUAUCCGAUUCUGGUGGUGGUGAAGCAAGAGCGAAGAGUAACUUCCUGGGAGAUUCCGCUUCCGGUCAAGACAAACUUCGGGACAUCUCUUUACUCGAACACCUCGCGCAUCCUCUGCUACGAUUCGCAGACGGUGAUUGAUCGACAGCUUCAGCAGAAGGAUCACGGUGCAAAGCGGAGUUUCCUGGGACGAAAGCCGCGUCGCAACUUCACGGUGACGCUAUCCACAGCAAGCCCAACACCGGUGAACGUCCAUCUGAGAGCCGCACCGUACAAUCGCUACUUCAUCCGAAGCAAUGUUUACUAUGAGACUAGGUUUUCACCUUCCGAACCCGCCGUCCAUUUGUACGAGUUUCCUCCAAAUGUACUUCGCGACGACGAAAUCCGCACCGUCCUCAUCGACGUAUCCUCCGACGACGACGUCUGCUUCACCGUCUCAGCGCAACCCAAAAUAUGUCCCGUUUACGAUUUGAACGAUGACAUCGUCUACGACGGGAAGUAUCAGACUGUGAGCACGAGGGGUGGUCUAACCAUACAGAAAAGUGCAUUCCCUGAGGGUUUUUACCUGGUGUUCGUCUCCAAAGGUGACAAUUAUGACUGCAAUCACGGCGGGUCUCUGCCACAACCAAAAGACCGUCCUGUCACAGAGAACAAGCAAGCUUCGUUGGCGACGUUUCGAGUCCAGAUUGGGAAAACGCGCACCGAAUACGUGGGUGCUGUCCUCGUAGUCUUCUUCUCCGUGCUCGUCGUCUGCAUCCUACUUGUCAUCAUCACCGUUGCGUUCUUCUACUUGGGCAAGCACCAAAAUAUUGAGCGAUAUAAAGAACCGCGACGACCAGAAAUCGUUUUACCAGAGGAUGUUACCGACAGCUACCACGCCAAGACCGAACCGAAAGUCAUCGACUUCAUUUACAAGGGCUCCGAGUUGAACAGGAAGAAAUCGCUCAACUACUCCUGGCACAUCCUCAACAUUGCCAUCUUCUACGGUAUUCCAGUUGUUCAGCUGAUGAUCUCCUACCAGCGGGCGGUGAAUUACUCUGGUAACUUGGAUCUAUGUUACCACAACUUCCAAUGUUCGCAUCCGCUGUAUUUCACCGACUUCAACCACAUCUUCUCCAACAUCGGCUACAUCCUCUUCGGGCUUCUCUUCCUCGGCAUGACGUUCUUCAGGAGCAGGAAAUAUCGAAACAAACCGGAAUGCGGUAUACCAAAACUCUUCGGCCUUUACUACUCCAUGGGUCUGGCGCUCAUCUUCGAAGGCGUCCUUUCCGCCUGCUACCACAUCUGCCCUAAUCAAUCCAACUUUCAAUUUGAUACCAGUUUUAUGUAUGUGAUGGCCGCCCUCAUUAUGGUUAAGCUGUACCAGAAUAGACAUCCGGAUGUCAACGCCAGCGCUUACAGCACCUUUGCAGUCCUGGGAUUCGCCGUAGUUUUGGCUAUGUUCGGUAUCCUGUUCAAUUCUAUGGCCAUAAUGGUGAUAUUCAUUGUGGCGUACAUUGCUUUCUGCAUCUACGUCGCCCUAAAAAUCUACUUCUUCAGCUACGUUGUCAAGGGGAUGAGGCACAUAUACAGCGAGUACAGAAAUGAUCGAAGGGUGCCGAGCGCAUUAAAACCCAUACGCAUAGGUCGUUUCAUAACUGUGACCGUGGCCAACGUGAUCAACUUUCUCGUAGCAAUCGCCGGACUAGCUCUCUAUCCAAAAGUGGUAGACUUUGGCACCUUCCUCCUGGGAAUCCUGAUGCUCAACGCCAUUGUCUACGCGAUCUUCUACUGCGUAAUGAAGCUGAUAUACCGCGAGCGCAUUUGCUUUGAGGCCAUCUUCUACGGUUUGCUGGCCGCCGUCUCCUGGGGUUUCGGCUGCUACUUCUUCCUGAACGCUUCCACAGUCUGGUCGGCAACUCCAGCAGAAUCCCGCCAACUUAACCAGCCCUGCAUCCUCAUGGGUUUCUACGAUACUCACGACGUUUGGCAUCUUCUUAGCGCACCGGCGCUUUACUUCAGUUUCAUGUUCCUCAUGGUCCUCGACGACGAUUUAUACGAUAAACCGCAGAAUAAUAUAAACGCAUUUUAAUUGCACAUUUCGAAUCCAGAUCUAUUUUCAAUAAAAAUAACAUUUAAAAAU